UCACCGAAAUACAGCCGGGCGCCGGCAUAAUCGCCUCUCUGGUAGGGUUUCUGGGGUCGACAACCUCCUAUUUCCCUCCACUUGUUCUCUCCUUUUCUUCUGAAAUCAAGCACCUUCGCCGAACUCUCUCUGUCUCUCUCACAAUUUCACCGAAAACGUAUUAACUUAGCUUAGGUCGACUGACCGGACGACCGCUGUGAGAUAGCUUUCUUAAGGAUUGCUUUCCAUGCCAUGUGCUUCCGCCAAUUCUUGAACAGGGGCUGCCCUAUAUAGUGAAGCCCGUUCCUCAACAAAGCUAAUUAAGGGAAGUGGAGCCCUUUUUUGCCGAGAAGACAACGGAAAAACAUCGAUUUCAAAAGCCAUUUUCAAUUUCACCUGCACGUCUAGCAUCUUUAUUCACUGGGAUCACCAGAACUAGAGUCACCAACCAUAUUACUAAACAGUGAUACCUACUUACUUGUUCGACACCAGAAUUUGAUCCUGCUCUUCUGGGGAGGCUAUUGGAAUAACAAUUUCGCAUCCUUGUGAGUAAUUAUCUCUGUUCUAAUUGGAUUUUUAAAAUAAUUUUAGGCAUUAUUUUCUGAGUUUAGAUGACUUGAACAUUUAAUUCCUACAGUUCAACAAAGAUAAAGGGAUAGUGGCUCUUCAAUUUGAUCUUUGUGGGUGUUCAAUGGCGAGAGGGAAUGCAUCAUCUCUUUUUAGAGUCUGUACAAAAAAGAUAAAUGUUUCUAGGGCAAGGGUUUUGAUUCCGAAUAGAUACUUAUGUUCUUUUGAACAUCCAAACAAUUGGGUAUCUGGAAAUUUCAAAUUUAGUCUCAGACAUGAUGUGCCCAAGCGCCAAUUUUCGACGAGCUUGCUCGAUCUGUUUCGCCCUCAGUUCUCCUCGAGGAACCCCAAACUUCCAGAAUCCAUGCCAGUUGGUGUGAGUAAAUGCUCGUCAUCAAUUGAAGAUGAUGAUAAUGUCUAUAAAAGUGGUACAAGUGAGUCAGAAAUUGAGGAGUUAGAACAAAAUAAUGGCAUGGAUUCUGAAGGUAGUGUUGGUAUUGAGGAGGUGAAUGGCAAUGAGAUGCCUGAUGAGGUUGAGAAUUUUGACGACAAUGGUAUUUGUGGCUCAGCAACAAUUGAAUCAGAAUGCAGGGAUGCAGGUCGUGAUAGGAUUGCACAGCGUAAUCCUGUGGAACUUUAUCAGGAGCUUCGUAAUGCUGAAAAUAGUGCAAAGGUCAAUCCGUCAGAUUGGCUGAUUCUUAAAGAUUUAUUUGGAUACUUUGCGAAAUCAGGGUGGGCAGCCAAUCAGGCUCUUGCAAUUUACAUUGGCAUGUCAUUUUUUCCCACUGCUGUCCAUAAGUUCCGGGCUUUUUUCUUAAAGAGAUUUUCGGCUGAUAUUGCCAAUUACUUGGUGUCGCUUGGCGUAACUGAUGCGGCUGUUAGAUUCCUUUUCCCCAUAUUUGUUGAAUUUUGUAUAGAAGAAUUUCCUGAUGAGAUUAAGCGGUUCCGUGGUAUGAUACAGUCAGCUGACCUCACAAAGCCACAGACGUGGUUUCCGUUUGCAAGGGCAAUGAAACGCAAGAUUAUUUAUCAUUGUGGUCCGACAAAUAGUGGUAAAACUUACAAUGCUUUGCAGCGGUUUAUGGAAGCAAAGAAGGGCAUCUAUUGCAGUCCUUUAAGGCUCUUGGCUAUGGAAGUUUUUGACAAGGUGAAUGCACUUGGGGUUUACUGUAGUCUUCAUACUGGUCAGGAGGUGAAAUAUGUUCCAUUCUCCAACCAUGUUUCUUGUACUGUGGAAAUGGUUUCGACAGAUGAGUUAUAUGAUGUGGCUGUUAUUGAUGAAAUUCAGAUGAUGGCAGACCCUUGUAGGGGUUAUGCAUGGACACGGGCAUUGCUUGGCUUGAAAGCUGAUGAGAUUCAUUUAUGUGGAGAUCCAAGUGUUCUUAAUAUUGUACGGAAGGUCUGUUCAGAAACUGGGGAUGAGUUGUGUGAGAAACACUAUGAGAGGUUCAAACCACUGGUGGUUGAAGCAAAGACAUUGCUGGGAGAUCUUCGAAAUGUUAGAUCUGGGGAUUGUGUGGUUGCAUUUUCAAGGCGAGAGAUAUUUGAAGUUAAAUUGACAAUUGAGAAACACACCAAACAUCGUUGCUGUGUUAUUUAUGGUGCCUUGCCACCAGAGACUCGUAGGCAGCAAGCUAACUUGUUUAACAAUCAAGAUAAUGAAUUUGAUGUGCUUGUUGCAAGCGAUGCUGUGGGGAUGGGUUUGAAUCUUAAUAUUAGAAGAGUUGUUUUUUAUAGCCUCUCUAAGUACAAUGGUGACAGGAUUGUUCCCGUUCCGGAAUCACAGGUGAAGCAAAUUGCCGGAAGAGCUGGUCGGAGAGGUAGCCUUUAUCCUGAUGGACUCACAACUGCCUUACAUCUUGAUGAUCUUGACUACCUUAUUGAGUGUUUGAAGCAACCUUUUGAUGAAGUGAGGAAAGUUGGCCUCUUUCCUUUCUUCGAACAGGUUGAGCUAUUCGCUGGGAAACUGCCAAAUAUGACUUUUACCCAACUGCUUGAAAAGUUUGGUGAAAAUUGCCGUCUUGAUGGGUCAUACUUCUUGUGUCGACAUGAUCAUAUAAAGAAGGUAGCAAAUAUGUUGGAGAAGGUUCAGGGAUUAUCUUUAGAAGACCGUUUUAAUUUUUGUUUUGCACCAGUUAAUAUUAGAGAUCCCAAAGCGAUGUACCAUCUUCUAAGGUUUGCUUCAAGUUACAGUCGAAAUGUUCCUGUUAGCAUUGCUAUGGGCAUGCCCAAGGGAUCUGCUCAGAAUGAUGCAGAACUCCUGGAUCUUGAGACUAGACAUCAAGUUUUGUCUAUGUAUAUGUGGCUGUCUCAUCACUUCAAGAGAGAAACUUUUCCAUUUGUGAAGAAGGCUGAGAUCAUGGCAACUGACAUUGCUGAUUUGUUGGGUCAGUCUCUUCUCAAGGCUUGCUGGAAACCAGAAUCAAGACAGACAGGGAGGUCGAAGCCUCAGCAGAAGAAAGAAGGAAAUGAAAAGCCUCAGCAGAAGGAAGAAGGGUAUGAGAGGCCAAGGUCACUCAUCAAAUUGCAUGGGAAGAAAAGGCAAGACAAAGCCUCAAGACAGGAGUUUGCAGAGAAGGUUGCAGUCUAGUAAUUUGCAGGUAAAGUUUGGAGGGGGUUAGAAACUCAUGAGCAGGAUUAUACUUGGUACUUUCACAGUCAGUUUGUUGCAAACCGCUGAUAAUAUCGAAGACAUCAACCAUGGUUGUGCAGUUAAGCUGAGACCCGUAGGGUUGCUCUUUGCUGUGUAUGACAAAGAGUUCGCCACAGCUUAAAGCGGCCCACAUUUAUGCGCUUCCUGGAGAAGAUCCAACAAUUGUGAUUUUUGUUUAAUUUAGUUUGGGGGAAGUGAAAGAUUUUGUUUUAUUUAAAGUUUUAGAAGUAUGUAAUGCUGUUAGCACUUGUGAGGAUCCACUAUCUGCAGUCCUUCGUGAAUCAAUUUGUAUUUGGGAGAGUAAUUCUGGCUAUGUUUGUUUUACAAGCAUGGCAACGAAAUGGGUUUCUCAUUCCCAUUGUAGUGUCUCUGUAACUAAGGGAAACAAAAAUUCCAGCU